GCAAAACUCUUCUUUUUUUCCAACACUCUCUAGCUGCCGUUAACGUACUCACACCUGCACCUCUCGCUCUCUCCCUCUUCCUGCUCAUUUUUACCCACAGACUUCUCCACCUGAGCCUCUCGCAAGAACUAAGAAGACUCUUUAUCUUUACUCUUUAGCCGCCCAAGCCGGCAUCUGAUACCAUCGGUUGUUAAUGUGAAAAGUUCUUGCCUUUUAAGGAGUAGGAAUAGUGAAAAACACUUUGGACAAUUUGGAUGACCAUACGUGGCUGUGGAUAGUUGCAUAAACAAGAGAGACUAACACGCUGUUGCUGUCAGAGAGAGAGAGAAUUCGAGAAUGGCGUGUCACCUAUCCUUUCCUGCAAUGUCAGUUCUUAACUCGAACUCUAAUAAUUAUUCGUCUUCGAAAAAUUCCAAUUACAAAUCAGUGAGAUGCAGCUUGGAUGAGGAGGGUAGUCCUUCAGAUAUUUCAGGCCACACAGAACAACCCGCCAGAAAAAAAGGAGCUUCAAAAGCCAACUUCACGACGUCUAUGUUUAACAGGCCUCUGUUCAACUGUCACUUUGAUGAGAGGACAUACCAGUCCUUUAUCUGACCUUAGAGCAAUUGCCGCAGAUAAAAAAGUGCUAGAUGUGUGCAGGAAUUGUUUGGGUAGUGGUGCAAUAAUCUGUGAUAUGUGUGGUGGUACGGGGAAAUGGAAAGCUCUAAAUCGAAAGAGAGCCAAGGAUGUAUAUGAAUUUACUGAAUGUCCAAAUUGUUAUGGGCGUGGAAAACUUGUAUGCCCUGUGUGUUUGGGGACUGGUCUGCCAAACAGCAAAGGUCUUCUGAGGCGGCCAGACGCGCGGGAGUUGCUUGACAAGAUGUAUAACGGCCGCUUAUUACCCAACUCUUAGGCAGAUGGAAAAGUGAAGGAGUGGAACUUCGGCCUGGUUCAUGUUCUUGAAAAUGCCCUCCUCAUAACAACAAGCAAAAUUGCACGGACCCAGGCAGCAAAUCUGCAUUGCACCCCACUAUGUAAAUUGUGUUGUAAUUUUUUUAUACCAGCUACACUCACUCACAAGGUCUAUUGAGUAAAGUGAUUGCAAUGUUUAUGAUCCAUAGAAAUGAAUCAGUGUUGAUCAAAGUUUGGUGUGAAUGUUGGACAACAAACAGGAUAUUUUGAGUACAAUGCUACACCAUAUUGGCGUCAGGUAAUUCAUUUUGUUCCUAGAGAUUGUACCCGCUAAAGUUCAUGUCUCAUCAAUUUAUAUAUUAGUAUUAGAAUUUUGGCAAAGAGGACCCUUGGUGAUGUUAAAGUUUGUGAUCAGUCAGAUUGUUUUGGAGAAAACUCAACAUGUCUGUGAAGGGUGGUGGUGUCCUUGUUGAGUUUCACCUCUCACAUGUUUUUUCUCAUGAUCUCUAAACCAGAGUUUACCAACUGCUGCAUCUGUGAUAGCCCACUGUGCCCCUCUUAGAGGGAACAACUGAUAAUAAUCUAGUCCGUUAUUCUGUCUUGAGAUUCCCGAACUUCCCAACGCAAAACAUGCACAUAAUAGAUUGAUU